AAUCUCACGCCUGUUCUAGAAUGAUGCUAAGGUUUCUAUUCAAUUCUCACCAGAUUUCUUUUCUGGCACAACAUUCAUCUCUAAGAAACCAUAUCUUAAUUGAAUCCUAUAAAUUGCAGUUUACCCGAUCUCUAUCUCUAUCUCACCACUUCUUUACUAAAGUAUAUUCUUGCCAAUUGCCUUUCCCUUCCCUUCCCUUCCCUUCAUUCCAAUUCAGAAAGAUAUAUAUUCCCGUAAGUCCCCAAAUAAUGGCAGGCACCCCAGCAGAGCCAAAAGGAGAAGAAUCAGAAUCCCAUAAACCCUUAUCUUCUUCUUCUUCUGAAUCCCAAGCACCAGAAAUGGACCCUCAGAAAUGGGGAACUCAUGUGAUGGGUCGUCCUGCAGUCCCCACCACCCACCCAGAUAACCAGAAGGCUGCCUUGUGGAGGGCCGAGGAUCAGAACCCCCAACCUUACGUCGUCUAUUCUCCCGUGGAUCGCCCCCCCAGCAACAACCCCUUUGAAUCAGUGUGCCAUAUGUUCAAUUCUUGGAGCCAUAGAGCUGAGACCGUAGCUCGUAACGUAUGGCACAACUUGAAAACUGCGCCAUCCGUAUCAGAAGCUGCUUGGGGAAAGCUGAACAUGACUGCCAAGGCAAUAACAGAAGGUGGAUUUGAGGCAUUUUACAAGCAAAUCUUUGCAACCGAUCCUUAUGAGAAGCUAAAGAAGACGUAUGCUUGUUACCUUUCCACAACAACCGGCCCUGUUGCCGGGACCCUCUAUUUGUCAACCACCAAGGUUGCUUUCUGCAGUGAUCGCCCUUUGACCUUCACAGCUCCUUCUGGCCAGGAGGCUUGGAGCUACUACAAGGUUGCAGUACCUUUGGCAAAUAUAGCAGCAGUGAAUCCGGUGGUGAUGAGAGAGAAUCCACAAGAGAAGUACAUUCAGAUAGUGACAGUUGAUGGGCAUGACUUCUGGUUCAUGGGGUUUGUGAAUUAUGAGAAAGCAACCCAUAAUCUCCUAGACGGCUUGUCAAAUUUUAGAGCAUAUGGAAAUAAUAAUAAUGCAGCAGGGCAGUCUGUGAGUGGAUAUGGGAAUGUGUCACAACCUGCUAACUAGCAAUAAAUUAAAGUAGUACUUCACUAUUCAACUCCUCCUACCAGAGUUGUCUUUCCUUAUACACUGCUAUUGUAUUAUUACUUUUUGUGUGCUUAAUUGCUUGUGUAUUCAUGUAUAUUGUUAGUAGUUGUUGUUGAAUGCAUUAUAGAUUUUUCCCCUCAGGGUAUCAAUGAUCAGGUUGUAGGCAAUCUUUGUAGAGAAUUUUCAAUAUAAACUAAGGGUGUGUGGUU